AUGACUGGCUCGACGUCACGAAUUAUUGGAUGGAUUCUUAUUAGCACACUGGCGAUGGGGUCCCGGGCGGCUGAUGAUGGAGACGACUUUUCCAAUAAUCUGUUCUCUGACCUGGCGCCACUAUUGGCGCUCUUUGGAGAACGAGUGACUAUGCAAUUCAUGAGCCAGUCUAUGGGAUGGGCUGAUAAUAUCAUCUUGGCCAUGGCGCCGAUUGGAAUCAUUACUGCUAUCGUCGCUUCCAUCCGUGUAGGCGGCCCUUCUUGGCUCAAGGCUGUUAUAGGAAGAGCCAGAGAGAAUCUGGCAGUCUCUGAAGUCGAGUUAAUGUCAUCAACUUCGAAGGAAGUUUGCGAGGUUUGGAAUGGCCAAGAGGUGGUUAGAUGCAUGGGCUUAGCCCCAGUGGUAGAGUUCAUAUGCCUACUACAGUUUGCUGACGCGGGACAAUCUGACAACCAGCCAGUCCCAACGAUAGAGGUGCUGGAGCUGGAAGAGGCAAUCACAGAGGGAUAUGUCAAGGACCUUAAUGGUGGUGAAAUACCCAAAACAACUUCAACGUCAGAGGGUGAUGAAGAGCAAGGGACCCCAACUCCGAAUCGCUGCCCCACGACUGAUCCUCACUCAACGUCAACCAAAAAGACAAGACUCCAAAAGAUCUGUAUUAUACGAGACACAUCUGGUGACUCGCCGAACAUUAUUUUGAACUGUCAUCCCUCAGCAAACAAAUGGGAACUUUGGCUAUUUGCAGCCUUUGGGACUAUUCUUCAGCUUGGAGUUCUCGCAUACUCUGGGUUUGCAACAUAUCACCCUGCUUUGAAGUUCCGGAAAGACGACAAGCCGAUUGAAUCCUAUGCGUAUCCCUGCACUACGAUCGGCACGCUUUUAUUAGUUGUUGGGAUGUUGCUAUGUGGCCAUGUCGUGGAAAGCAGUACCGACGAAAGAAGGUAUGGGGCAGUUGCCGGGUGGAAGGCUCGAAUGGUCUGGCUGCAGCAGACCAAAACCGUCAGUGAUCAAGUUUUCAACUCUUACAUGGUCUAUGCCAAGAAUGACCAGCAGACCAUUACAACUUCAAGAAGAUCCAACAGACACGGCAAAGACAGGUCUACGACUACCCACACUAGCUCUACCGCGCCUAGCGAUAAUGAUCCUUCUACAUUCUUGAAUGUAGUUACGAUAACUGGUACGGGAAUUACACUGUGUGGUUUCGUACUGCAGUUUGUUGGUCUUCGUGGGAUGCACUGGUCGGCCUCGAUAGCUCAGUUAGGCGCGGUACUGACGAUGGUAUGUGUUAAAGCGUGGGUGCGUCGUGGACUUGCAACAUCACCCGAAUGCGAGCCUUUACCGUCUGGAUUCGAGCUCGACUUGUUUACAAGGACUCUAGGCGGAAUCAUGACGGAGGCGUGGAGUGGCGGACAAGGCAAUGAUAAUGGCUCCGUCAACACUCAGUUACCAGGAGGUGCGAAGACUCCCAGAAACGAAUGGAGGAUUGUUACUGGUGGAAGUUCGUCGUUAAAUUUUUCUGAGUCAAGUCAAGUGUCUACUCCGGGACCUAGUGAUGGAAGUGUCUUCGAUGCACAGGCAUUGUUGGAUGCACGAAAACGCCUUGCUCAAUUGGCCGGCUGGAGAGGACCUGCUUCAGCGGAGGCAGUCUCUCUAACAAGAGCCAUUGAGUGUACAUUGGACGCUAUGAGUAUCUGUAUUCCGGAGAACCCACAGAACCUGACUUGGGACCUCGAAACCCGCUAUUCUGGGCUAAAGGAGCAAACAAUUUCCAUUCCACUAUCAAGACAUGUUGCAGGUUGGAAGGUGGACGCGUACUUGAUAGAAGCCAUACUUUCGCUGUGGUUAUCGUCAGUCAAGGAGGAAGAGUCCCCACAAGAUGAGGGCACCCUGUCCAACACUCCCAAUGGAAUCAAACAGCAGAAACCGAAAGGGCAAGAUGAUUGGCUACGAUCAAAGGGUACCAUUGCAAAGAAAAGUCUCCGGCUUCUCGGUAGGCACACCCCAAGCCUAGUCCGAGAUCUUCUCUGGUGGGUUCCCAGAGACCUUCUCAAUGUAUUCCAGAUUCAAAAAAACCAAGUUGAAUCGCUACGCAUGGCGCUUGAGAUGGGUAAUCAUCGAGUUGUUGGUUACAAUUGGCAAGAGGACGACUCUGAGAAACAUCCACAUCAACUACAUUAUCUUGACCCCGAAAGCAGUGGAUUCGACGAUGGUGGUGAUGAAGAUGAUAUAUCUGAGACCUCCAGUGACGAUGAUGAGGAGAUUCCGGUGAAUGACAAUAAUGGCAAACAUGAGAUGAAUAUCGCCGACGAUGAAAGUGGCGAGAGGUCCGAAGACUAUGAUAUAAGUGAAGGCGAGGCGGAAAGCCAAAGCGACAGCAGUGAAAUCGGUACCAAAAUUGUUGAUAUAUUGGGAAAUGAGUCUUAUCAAUCGUUGAAAGCACUUUACGCCAUGGACCUUUUCUCAUCAUUUACACGAGCCAUGGCUAAGACGAUGAGCGCUCCUAUUCCUGGAAGCGCCGAGGAGAUUCAAUCUAAAAGCGACGCAGAGGAUGCUAGCUGGAAGAUCUUUACACUACGGAACAAUCACCUAUCCAAGAUGAUCCAGAAUAUCCACAAUACUGGACUUGGGAGCCUGGAUCAAAUUUACCUCAGCAUCGUCACUCCACUCAGCCGAGAAAAAAGACUUCCCAAGGUCGAUGCAGUGGUUAAUUUGGCACUACAGCGUUCCAGACGCAACGAGCGUUCAAAGAAGUGGAAAGAGGCUGGCAACAAUUUGAUUUGGCUUUUCCGACUAGCAAACGGAACAUUUUCAAGUCGUGGAAACAUUGUGUUAAAGGCAACAGCAAACCUUGUGGAAUACCAGCGCUUGAUACAUUUGGUGCACCGUAUUACGAUGGAACGUAACUUUGAAAAUUAUUACAACAUUGAUAUCAGACAUCUGGAAACAUUGUUAAGAAGAGUUCGACGAGAGCUUGAGAGUGCCGACCCAGGAUUGAUACGGUUCCUCAGGAGAAAGCAGGGACAUGUGGACAUUUACAGCAGCAGAUUUUUUGAUGAUUAUGGCAACACACCGGCCCUCAGACUGUUAAAAAAAAAAAAGGCUAAAGACGCACGCCGCGAUCCAAGAGACAUACUGGAGCGGGCACCAAUUCAUUAUAGUGUAAUGAGCAAGUCCCGGGCAGCCAUUAGCAUGUUGAACGGCAGCCAUCAUGACAUCAAUUCUCGGGACCUUUUUGGUUUAACUGCACUUCAUUACAUUUGCCUCACCACAAAGCCAUGGGCGGUAAUCCAAUAUCUCAUCGAUCGCGGCGCAGAACUAAAUAUAUCAGCGCGAGAUGGAGCGACUCCUCUGCACUACGCAGCGAUGAGAGGCAAUGUAGACAAGGCCAGAUUAUUAAUUGAGGCUGGAGCAACGGUCGACAUCUGGAACUUGGCAGGUCGCUCUCCACUUCAUAUGACUGCAGUCCAUGGGCAUGUUACAAUGGUAGAGUAUUUAUGGGACAAAGCAAGGCCAGACCUACGAGAUCGUUGGGGCUGGACUGUUCUACACCUAGCAGCCAUGUAUGGGAGCGACUCGGUAGUGAAGCUCCUGAUCAAGUUAAGAGUUGACAAGGAAGCCAAAGACCGUCGUGGCAGAACUGCCUUACAUCUAGCGUCAAUGACUGGAAAGGAAACAGUGGUUACCAUUCUUAUCAACGAAGGAGUCGAUAUGAAUGCAGUGGAUAAUAUCAAGGAUAAUACCUUUCUUCUUGCGGUCAAGACAGGAAAUAUCGAGGUGGUUAAGCUUCUUAUCAAUCGAAUGAUGGAUCAGCAAUCCACAGAAAUGCAUGAUGCGAAGCCGCUCGCAUUGGCUGUGCAGCAUGGGCAAAAGGAUGUCGCACGACUACUGAUGGAAAAUGGCGUCAAUUACGACAAGAAAGAUUUAAGGAACCAAAAUCUGCUUCACUACGCCUCUAUGGGGCCGAAUAACGCUGACAUGAUUGAGGAGCUUCUCCAUCUAGGAUUUGAUAUUCACUCGAAAAGUGACGGCGAUGUGACACCAUUACAUCUGGCUGUUGAGCGUUCGAGAAUAUACAACGUCAAAUGCCUUCUCGAGAGAGGAGCCAAUGUCAACCAACCUGAUGGGCGUGGGCGGACGCCGCUAUGGAUUGCAACCCAUGACAAGAAAGUUCAUCUCGUCCAGUUGCUACUUGACUAUGGCGCCUUCACUGAUAUAUCUUAUACGGAUCCCAGACCGCACACGCUCUUGUCAAUGGCCGAGGAGAAGGGAAACGAAGAGAUCAUCAACUUGAUAAGACGUUAUCAAAACACAUCUAGGGAAAUCCGCAAGACACUUCUCAUGUGGCGGAAUCCUCCCCUACACCUUGGAUAG